UGCGUCUGGCGCAGUGUCCGAGCAUCUCAUCUCGCGCUCUCUCUUCUCUUUCGGAGUCGUGGGGGCCGGGCGGCCAUAGCAAAUUGGCUCCCGAGCUCUUUUGUUCAUGAAAUCCGGGAGUGUUGGGUUGUAGUAUCUUGUGGGCAUUUCAGAUUGUGCGGGGCUUACAUUAUUUGCGCUCCGAUAUUAGCUGCGGGUCGAAUCUUUAGUAUAGUUGAGUUUGUGUCUGGCUCGCGCCGAGAGUUCGUGCGAGCUUGGUUAUCGGUGUCGUCAAGCGUGGGCCGAAGAGCAAGGGGUUGGUGUAGCGUUUUGCGCGUUUGUAGGCGUGUAGCACAGUAGUACUGUUGUCAUAUUCCUCCCUGCCUCGUUCUUCAAUGCUCUGCGCUCUUUGUUCUUUUCUUGAAUCGUCGUAGACUGUUAUCGCCCGCCCCUCCGCGCGCUCGCCCUCUUUCUUUUGACUCGGCUGUGAGACGUGCGAGUUUGCAGUGAUCGUUCAGUGUAGGUGUGCAGUUCAGUGUACUUCUUUUUGUGCGGGUUACAGUUUUGAUUCACUUCACGGCGUGUCUCCUGUUCUGUGGGGUUCAAUUCCGGCGCAGAUGUACUCUCUCAUUGUUCUGAACUAGCUGUCAACUGCUUGUGCGCCUAUGUGUCCGUGGGGCUGAAAGUUGGACUGCAUUGUUCGCCUCUGUGGUUUAGAUAGUACGACAGCAAUUUCCUUCGUUGGUCCUGCCCCAAGCCGUUAUUUGGUCACUUCUUUAUCGUGGUUCUUGUCCCGCGCCUUGGGAAGAAUGUAUUUCAAUGAGCUAGUUGGCAUCCUUUUUGCCAAUGGAGGGCUUUGAGCUACACUCCUCUCGUAACUGACUUUUCCUUUCUAACUUUUCCGUCACAAUUACCUUCUGCAGUUCUCCAGCGGACUUCUGGCCCUAAGCCCGUCCAAACUCCGUACUGUCUUCGUCUAGUGAAACGCCUGUAGAUUGUGAAUAGCUCUGUACUCAACGUUUUCUUCACUCUGUCUGACCCCGUUCUCUCAUUUGAUCGCGUAUCUAAGCAGUGUUGCACGUGGUUCGGUUACAAAUCUUAGUUACAGCAAUCUCUUGAGGCAUCUCUCCCAAGUAACAAGACAAAUGACACUAUAACAGAGGGGGAAGACUAAUAGUUUUUCAGUCAAGAUGUUUCCCAUGGGAGAGAUGGAGGGAACGGGGGACAGUUAUAGUGAGAUAAUGCAGAGAUUGCAGUCAUCAUUAGCAGCAUCGUCUUUCCCGAAGUCGAACGCCAACUCUCUUCCUCUUCCACAGGUUCCAUCUCAUACUCUGUCGAACUCGCAGGCAACCUUGUCUCAAUCUCAAAGCCUCUUUCAGUCCCAGUCGCACAGUCUGUCACAAACUCCGAGCUCCUUUGCCAAAACAUCUCCUUUCUUACACACUCAAUCCAAGUCUCAGGCUCAUCCUUCCCGCUCCCUCUCACAGCCACUGUCCCAAACGCACACUGCUCCUCAUGCUCCCACCCAUUCUCGCUCAAUGUCACAGCCGUCUAUCCGAUCUCACAUGCCGCCACUUCAGUCGCAAACUCCGCCUGUUCAUGCUCACUCUCAGCAUUCCCCUCACUCCCUAUCUCAGCCGGCUUCUCAGUCUCCACAUUCCUCUCUCCCUCUUCCGCAAGUCACACCUCGAUUCCCAUCGACCUCGCAAGCCUCUCCUCCUACCCUUCAUACUCGUUCCCUCUCCCAGCCAACCAUUCUCAAUCAGACCUCCUCUGGCGGACCACUUUCGCCACCCUCAAUGGGUCAUCUUCCUCCUCCCAAUUCCAUGUCUCAUUCUCUGUUCGCCAGCUUCAACAGUCUCACACCCAAUUAUCCCGUGAAGAAAGAAGCGUCGCAGUCUCUUUCGGACUCAUCCGCGAGAACCACCGUGUCGCUUGAUGUCACCAUGGAGGAGAGUUCACCUUGCCCUCCUGCAGGGAGCGGACCUUCUUCUUCGAAACCCCUUUCCCCACCUUUGAAUCCUUUUCAUACCAUGAGUCAAAGGUACAGCAAUGAUCUGAGCCAAAUGCCGGACAGUCCUCCUAAGCGACGGGGGCAUCGAAGGGCUCAAAGUGAAAUUGCAUUUCGACAGGGCUCUUCCUUCGAGAAAGAAUUAAGAGACGAAAGCAGGGACUUUGACAGGGAUUCUGUGAAGGAGUCGGAUAUGGAAAGGGAGCUCAAUCAAGGUCGAGUGGAUCUGGACGAGGAUAUGGACAGGGCUACCAGUUGGGGUAGGGAGAGGCACAGAGAUAGGGAAGGAGAAGGAGAAGGUGCAGAAGAUCUUUUCUCUAUGUACAUCGAUAUGGAGAAGAUCAACAGUUUCAGCAACUCUGGAGCAGGCGAUGGUGGGGACAGUGAUAGAGAGAAGCCGAUGAGCAGGGUAGACGCUGGCAAAGAUCGGCUCAAAACACUUGCCGAGAAUGAGAAACCAACCUCUGGAAGUGUGGAUGAGAAUCAGCGAGAUCGCUCCCGUGGGCCUGUAGAAGGUGACAAGGAGAGGAGCAGAGAAAGUUGGAUGAAAACUGUCUCUGAUAACGAUCGAGAAGGCAGAAACACACCCGCAACCGAAGAGGAGAAAGGUGACAAGAACCGGGUAGAUGAGUUGAGAACCAGUGAGAAACAAAAGGAGAAGGAUGAUCAAGAGAUGUCCAAAGGUUCCGAAAGAGAGAACUGGUCCAGAAAGGAUGAAGAAGACGAUAAGGAAACUUCAAGUAUGUGUGUCGAGAAUGAGGGUGGCAAGGACAGAUCAGAUAAUGAGCGAGAGAAGGGUAAGCUUGACAGAAGCUCGCCCAGUGGUGCCACUCACCACUCACGGAGCGUUUCCAUGGAUGGGUUCCUGAGCAACUUACAAGGAUACAAGGCUGGUGACGCUGGCCAUCUUUCCUCUUUCUCUGAAGAUCGGAGGAGUAGACAGACUAGACAUCAUCACAGCAUGUCCAUGGACGGUAGUAUGAGCCUGAAGAUGGAAUUUGGGCAAGGAGAGUUUGAGGGUAUCGAGUUAAAGAAGGCCAUGGCCAGUGACAAGCUAGCAGACCUUGCUCUGGUCGAUCCCAAGCGGGCUAAGAGGAUCUUGGCUAACCGGCAGUCGGCAGCACGCUCGAAAGAACGUAAGAUGAGAUAUAUAUCUGAACUUGAGCGGAAGGUGCAGACUUUGCAAACGGAGGCGACAACACUAUCCGCCCAACUCACAAUGCUACAGAGAGACUCUACCGGGCUCACAACAGAAAAUAGCGAACUAAAGCUUAGGUUGUCAGCAAUGGAACAACAAGCACAACUUCGCGAUGCUCUUAAUGAUGCAUUGCGAGAGGAAGUUCAACGGUUGAAGCUAGCAACUGGACAACUUUCAAAUGGACAGGGAAUGAGCUUGGGGCAGCAAAUGGGUGUCAAUCCUCAAUUGUACCAGCUCCAUCAACAACUGCAGCAGCAACAGCAGCCGCAAGGCAAUCACCAACAUCAACCGGUGCAGCAAAACUCCCACGCAGACUUUCUUCAGCGUAGUGCAUUUGGCGCACUUCAAGGACUUGCCGGGUCUCUUGGGGGAGCUUUCUUGAAAUCAGAGGGAAACGGCAUUGCCGUCAAUCAGGGAAGCAGUGCAUCGUUCUAAACACUUAUUAGGAGGGCAGUAUUGCCUUUUUUGGAAAGGGUGGAGCUCACUGUGCCACUAUAUUUGAGGAAUGUCUCAAAACCUUCACACAACCUCUUGGUUAAAUUGUCUAAGCUGGCUGCUGCUGCUGCUGCUGUUUGAACACCCAAGUACAGUUGACACAGGUGCGGUUGACUGGAGAGUCUUUAAGUACCGUAGUCUGUCAAACUCCUAUUGUGGGCCUUUAUUCGUAUCUCCCGUUAUCUCCUGGUAGUUUGGAAGAUGCGAAGUACGAGGCAGGCACAGACGUACGAACUGUAAAAUGCGUUCACAUCGAGAUAGCCAUAGAUCUGCGAGGUCAUACUCCGAUAAAACGCCGUAAAGACGUAUUGUUUACUUCCGACGAGGCACGGUUGGGCGAAAGUGAGAUGGACCGAUUCCCCAGCGAAUCCAGCUCAGCUGCCGUUACAGCUGCAGUAUGAAGCACUCUGAUCCUCAAGUCUGAGAGGAUAAGUGCUGGAACAGACUACGUCCUAGUAAGAACACCUUGUUAAGAGAAGGAAAACUCAUUGGACAAUGCAGCAGCUUGAGCGAUGAGGAAAGUUUCGAAAACCUUGUGUCAGCUCCAAACUGUUUUUUGAUGCUUUUACAAUCUGCGAGAGUUUUAUUCACCAGCAACAUCCGGGGGGCUCUGUGGGUGAAGCUGCCUCGCGGUUCUGCAUUCUCGGUCAUACUCUCUAUCUCGAACUUGAUACAUGCUGCACUGAAGGCAGAGUCCAGUGGUCGACAGCAACGCCUCAGAACCUCAAACUCCUCGGUGGAGUUUCACUGUUACUUACAUUACAACCUCUUGAAGGGGAAUCGCUUUUCCGUUACGUACCGUCAACCAACCUGGACAAUUACGAGGACUUACACGAGCUACCACAGGUAAACCGUCAGAGAACGGGCGAAGCCACUGUACGAUAUCAACGAGUGCCACCGCACGUAUUGUCCUGCCAAUCAGUGACAUUUUCAAGUAUCGUUGUUUUGCGAAGUUGUCACUUGUCUCGGGAUAUUCCCUUGUGACCACCAAACAAACCUGUUCGACUUGGAGUUCUUCGCUUACCUGUGGUGGUCGAGGGUGGUAAAUUUUAGUUUCGCAAGAUAUCUGAGAAAGUCAGGGUACGCUGUGACCUGAGCAUCUCUAAGGUAUUGAUGCAAUUUUUCUGUCUCAGUAUCGAGGGAAAUAGUUCCUCCCAAUUAGUUAUUAAGCAUGUUCGUAGACAUCAGUUCUAAAUGCACCUGAUGCAUUCAACUGCCAGCUUAUCGAGAAUGACAGCUCAGGUUUUCUUCAUUCUUGGACAUAAAUGCCCGCCUCAUUAAUUUGGAGGAACUCACUUAUAAUCAACUUGAUAAUUUUCUCUCAGUCCUAAUAGUGGG